AUAAUUUCUAAACGUCAAAUACUAGACUGUUAUACUAACUUUAUAAACGAGGCUUAAACUACUAAAGAAAAGAAGAUUGCCGAUAGUUAGCUAACUUAAUUAUUUUUACUUUCCAGAUUUUCAUAGAUUGUUCUAGAAAAAAAAAUUGAAUUAAGCUUGUAUACUUUUGUCACGUUAUAGUUGUCACGUUAAAUUUCACUGUUUCAAAAAUGGCAUUAAUGCUUGCAAGUAAAUUAUGCAGAGCAUCUGCUGUUUCGAAAACGCUUUUCGUAAAACAGCAACCCAACAAAAUAACAGUUUAUAGAACAUUCUCUGAAGGUAAAGAUGCCGCAACGAGAGCCGCACGAAGACAGGUUGGCGUUAAGGAAAAACUCAUGCAACCAGCUGGAGAAACCGCUUUUAAUAUAGGUAAAGGAGCAUUAGCUGGAGCUUCCGCGCUCGGAAUAGGCGCACUAGCUUUCUAUGGAAUAGGAUUGGGGAAAGAAGCCGGAGCUUUCGAAAAACAACAUUUAUGGCCGCAAUAUGUGAAAGAUCGUAUUAAAACAACUUAUAUGUAUUUUGGUGGUUCUAUCGUGGUUACCGCGGCUAGCGCCUUGGCAGCCGUCAGAUCUCCAUUUAUUAUGAACGUUGUAAUGAAAAACGGUUUUAUGGGAAUGGCGAUUAGUUUAGCAGCAAUUAUGGGUACCGGUAUAUUAGCACAAAGUUUACCUUAUAAAGAAGGUUUCGGUGCUAAACAAAUGGCUUGGUUGCUGCAUGUAGGUACAAUGGGAGCUAUGGUAGCCCCCCUAUGCUUCCUCGGAGGUCCUUUAUUAAUCAGAGCAGCGUGGUAUACAGCUGGAGUCGUUGGUGGACUCAGUACAAUCGCCGUUUGUGCCCCGAGCGAGCAGUUCUUAUACAUGGGCGGACCGUUGGCGAUGGGUUUGGGCGUGGUGUUUGUUUCAUCGAUUGGAUCGAUGUUCUUUGCCCCUACGACCGCUUUAGGCGCUGGUUUAUAUUCCAUUAGUUUAUACGGAGGUUUGAUUCUCUUUUCGGGUUUCUUGCUUUACGAUACACAAAGAAUCAUCGCUCAGGCCGAGAGAUAUCCUACUACCCCCGGUUUUUACGACGUCAGGCCUUAUGAUCCCAUUAACGCUUCCAUUGGAAUUUAUUUGGAUACGUUAAACAUCUUCAUCAGGAUAGCGACCAUCUUGGCAGGUGGAGGUCAAAACAAAAGGAAGUAGAUUUAUUUUUGAAAUAUUGUUAAUGUUGAUUGAAUAAAUUUUUUUUCAAUUUUUUUCGAAAAUAAAGGAAUGAGAGCUGUGACUAUAUAUAUAUCUCCUGUAUAAAUAUGUAGUUUUAAGGUUAGGUACGAGAAAUAAAAUUAUCCAUUAGUCAUUAUA